AUGCAAGUGCUGCGUCAGAAACCAAUCGAGAUAUUGAACCUCGACCUCGUGGCGCAAGCAAACCACUCAACGGCCAGGACAACCUCGACGCCGAAGCCGUUGCUUGGCCGGGCUACGUUAGAGCGGUUGAUGUCCACUCGAUCGCGGCCGACGACAAGUUACGCCUCCCGACCGGCGACACCCACGCCGCUGUUUGGUACCGAGAUCCUGGACACGCCGAAGAACCGAGCGACCAUCUUUGGACGGUUAGCUGCGCUUUGGUCGCUCAUUGCGCAUCGAUCGUCGACUUCACCGGGCGAUCAGCGCUUAGAUUCUCCCGAUACUGCGACUACCAGGUCUCCCUUUGAGUGCAGCAUGGCUACGGUGAAGCUCUGCAAGACGGUCGGGAUAUCGUUGACCCCUUCGGCAGCCACCCACCUGUCGUUCUGGUACACCAGCGAGCACGGCGUCGACUUUGAGUCGUUCUGUGACGUUGUGGUCCAGGGCGCCAUUCAGCCCGCUCUCCACCACUUCAACCUCGACAACUCGGUUGAUGAAUACGUGGCAGCACUCGACACCGUCAUCCAAAGCCUCAUGACGACGGAACCCGCUCGACGUCGCAAGAAGAAAGCAGCAGCAUCAGAGUGUCCUCGGAGGCUGAAGGAGCUCAAUGAGAUCCAGCCAGUCUUCAUGGGCUGGAGGGCAGGGAUCACGCCUCGACUCGUGCAGCAGUCAGAGGAUCCUGGCCCAACAACGCCGACUAGAGCUCUGAUCACAGCCGAGAAGGUACGAAAGGCGUUGGAGGCUUCGGCGAGUCAGCACAUGCUCGCGCGCCAACUCCCGUCAGAAGAAGCUCGUGUCACACACGUUGAGAAUAUCCGCCGCAAGGUCCAGCUCCACAAGUCGUGGAAGUUCAUCAGCGACGGAAAGACCAAAGAUGCGACUCAGGAGAAUGACGAGGUUCUCGUUUGCUGCUCGUGCUCCGUUCGAGGCGCUGUGCUGUGGUGCUCGUCAUGCUUCACCGUCAACUGUCAGAAGUGUUGGCAAGAAACUCACGCGUGCACUGUUGACAUGUCCAUGGUAUCGUCCGAGCCAGCCUCGACCAAGACGCCGCUGCUUGGGCCAACCGCGCUUGCGUUGAAGAAGAAACGAUGCGGUAGCGCUACGUUGCGACCUCCCGUGGCCAUGAUCUAUCUGCCAACGAAGGCGAUAGUACCGGGGACAAUUGCAAAGGGAAACUCAAUCGUUCGACAUCGACGGAAGAGCAGUCCCAACCAAGUCUCAACCUCCAAUGCGUUGAAGGACGAGGUCCCGGCAGUCAUCGCCAACGCCAUUCUACCAUCGCUACACAAGAAUCGGGUGGGCGGGAAGCUACAACGGCAGCACGAGCGCCUGCAGGUUGAAAGCGCAACGCCGACGACGGAUUCAACUGCAGACUUGGUGAAGUCGCUCAUGCUGCGGAUGUCGCCGUCCACGCCGACGACUGGAAGUCACUCGACCACUUCAACGGAGUCAGCGAUGCGAGUGCACAAACAUCACGCCUCAAGUCGCCCCAAACUUCCCCUAGUUCCGGUUUCUCUCGACGCGGAGUUGCUGCUGUCACAUGAACCUGAUCGACGGUGGUAA